AGAGGUAAUAAACACUCUCAAAUCUACGGUUUAUUGCCCGGGAAAGAUGUCAGUUCUAGGUUAUGUACUGCAAAUGCAAGAAAUUGCGCAACGAGCUCCGAUCGACGAAGAACAAGCCGUACAGUUCGUGAUCGACGGGCUAAAAAACGAUUCCGCGGACAUUGCCAUAUUCUAUCCGGCCAAAACUAUUGGCGAACUUGUGAAGCUGUCGCACGGUUACGAAGAAAGGCGUAAAAAACGUUGGAGCGCAUCGCAGUCGGCAAAGAAGCUGAUGGGACACAAUAGCAUUCCGGCAAGCAGUGGAAUUACGGUACGCUGCUACAAUUGUUCGGGCACUGGACACAUCGCUCAAUCGUGUACACAGCCCAAGAGGAUGAAGGGCUCCUGUUUCCGUUGCGGCUCCAUGGACCAUGCUAUCAAAAACUGCAAGGUCCCACCACCUUCAGGAAAUAAAGCGGUGGCAUUGUCGGAUCAAUUCCGACAGGAAGGGACUAGCAAGGUGGUAGACGAUAACGAAGUGGCAGUAAUAAAUACGCGCAAUUAGUUUAAUACGUCAUUCCGCAUUACCACUUAAUUUAAGAGAAAACAGUUUAAAGGAAACGAACUUUAAGGGAUUGGGAAAUUUUCGGUUAUGUAAGUUUGGGAA